AUGUCGAUGCUCAAACCGCGUGUUCCACCCCCUCCCCCUGGCCCUUUGGCGUUCAAUGGAACCAAGCUUGUGAACGACGAAGAUCACCCUUUCAUGCCUCCGAGGAAGGGGGAUGCCCGUGGACCGUGUCCUGGGUUGAAUACUUUGGCGUCGCACGGGAACCUGAUCGAUUUGCUUUGCGACCAGUACCUCCCCCGUAAUGGCAUAGCCACUCCCGCUCAGAUCAUCAACGCCGUUCAAGAAGGCUUCAAUAUGGAGAACGAGAUCGCCAGGUUCACGACCUACACCGCGCAUCUCAUGGACGGGAAUCUGGUCACUGACUUGCUCAGUAUCGGGCCGAAGACGCCCAAGACUGGACCUGACCCACCUCCCCCUGCCAUCGUUGGAGGAUUGAACAACCAUGGUACUUUCGAAGGCGACGCGAGUCUGUCUCGGGCAGACGCUUUCUUUGGCGAUAACCAUAGCUUUGACCAAGAGCUGUUCGACCAGUUCAGGAAUUUCAGCGCGAUCUACGGAAACGGUUUCUUCAAUAUGACAGUCGCCGCCGAGCUCAGGUUCCACCGUAUCCAACAGUCCAUCGCUACCAACCCCGAAUUCUCCUUCGCUGGACUCCGUCACAUUACCGCCUACGCUGAAGCCUCUUUCCCUCCGAUCUUCUUCGUCGAUGGGCGGAAGACCGGUGCUGAGGCGGGACAACUCGACAUGGCCGCCGCGGAGAGCUUCUUCAAGCACAUGAUGUACCCUCCCGACUUCCACCGCCCUGCGGAACCCGUCAACAGCGAUGCGCAGGCCGUAUUUGAAGUUCAUCCUUUCCAACCCGGGAGGAACGUCGGAGGGGUCAACAACUAUACCGUUGAUGAGAGUUUGGGUGGUCUGUUGGAUUUCUGCGGGUUCUACGAGAACUUUGUGAACAAGACGAUCAAGGGUUUGUAUCCCAACCCCACGGGCGUUUUGAAGAGGAAUUUGAAUAUUAAUCUCGAUUUCCUCUUUGAGGCGUUGCCGAAGGCUGGUGACGGGUCUCAACCGUGUACUCAAGUUUUCCCUUACGGACACGAUUAG